AUGUCUCUACCAGCAGACGCUGCCGCGGCGAUACCCGACGUCACGACCAGCUUCGUCUUCAACAAGGGCAGCUCCAAGGACGGCACCGGCGGCUGGUCGAGUCUGAUCGGAGUCGUCACAGCGAUAUGUGGCAACAUCCUCAUCUCAUUUGCCUUGAAUACGCAACGAUAUGCCCAUCUACGAUUAAGCAGGGAUCAGGAAGCACAGGAGCAAGAGAAGAGGCGGGCAAAGAAGCGGAAAGCGACGAACCGCGGCUAUGGCACAGAGGAACAGAUAGCAGAGGCACGAGCACAACGAAAUGGGAGACCUGCGCGAGAUGCCUAUACUCUGCAACAGCCAGACGAAAGUGCCGAGACACAACCUCUGAUCCCGAGACUGCACUCGAAGCAUUCCGAUAGUCCUGCAGCGCCUGUUGAUGAUGAGGACAACGGCCAGCAUCACGCAAAGAGCAAGUCAUAUCUGAAGUCGCCCAUCUGGUGGCUUGGGAUAACUCUCAUGACAUUGGGCGAGACGGGCAACUUUCUAGCAUAUGGCUUCGCGCCUGCAUCGAUUGUGUCACCACUGGGCGUCGUGGCCCUCAUAUCGAAUUGCAUCAUUGCACCGCUGCUGCUUGGAGAGAAGUUUCGUUGGAGAGACGCUCUGGGUGUGCUUAUUGCAACCGGAGGAUGCGUGGUAGUAGUGCUGAGUGCGAGCGACAGCAACCCAAAGCUCAGUCCGGAUAAGAUUUGGCGGCUGGUGACAGCCUGGGAGUUUGAGACAUACCUUGGCAUCACCAUCUUCCUAAUAGUCGUGCUCAUGGCUGCUAGUAACAAGUACGGGCACAAGUCCAUCUUGAUCGAUCUGGGACUGGUCGGUCUAUUCGGAGGCUAUACGGCGCUGUCAACGAAAGGUGUUGCGUCGCUGCUAACUUACACCAUCUGGAGAGUUGUCACUUUCCCGAUCACAUACCUCCUUCUGGCCGUAUUGAUCUUCACAGCAGUCAUGCAAAUCAAGUACGUCAACCGGGCACUGCAGAAUUUCAACUCCACCAUGGUCAUUCCAACACAGUUUGUACUGUUCACACUCUCCGUUAUUAUCGGAAGUGCUAUCCUAUAUCGCGACUUUGAACGCGAGCAGACCGAGGAUGCCAUCAAGUUCGUGUCUGGUUGCGCGCUCACAUUCUUCGGGGUGUGGUGUAUCACCUCCGGACGCAAGACGAAUGAAGGCGAAGACCAGGAGGGCGAGGACGAAGAAGAUGCUAUCAGCCUGGUCGACGAGGAGCGUACUAUGCCCGAGAUUCGUGAGAUCAAUGGCGAUCGUUCAAGCAGACAAGCAUCUUUUGCGACAGGCUCGGCGACAGGGUCCCUCUCCAGACGAUACUCGUUGCCCCGGUAUCACGAACAUACCGCAGUCGUUGGUUCGCUUCCACGACCAGAGAUCAGAACAUCAGAUACGGAUGUAGCAACACAGUCGACGCCUUCCGUGCCACUGGACCUGGAUGCUAAGCCAUUGACGGACGAACUGGCAGAUGUACCAAAAGGCACAUCAAGCGCAGUCCACACUGCAGAUGCGGCGCCUCUCUACAGCCAUGCAAGCAAGGACCCUCAAAAGAAGCCGCCCAUGCACGCAACGACCUCGGAGCCCGCCGUGCCGAGAACACCCAACUUCUCGUCUUCCCUCCGACCAACUACGCCUUUGAGUAGAACACCUUCCACACCAAUGGGACCAGCAGGCCACAGCCCAGUAAGGGACUCGCCCGAGCGCAACGCUCAGCUACUCAACCCGAAUAGUGCGCGCAAGCUCAUCAGCAGACAAUCCCUCGUCGGCCUCAUGCCCGGACCUCUAACAAGCCCACUAAGUGGCUCGCUAGCCGCUAUCGUCGCAGACGAAGUUCGCCGCGGCCUGGACAGAUCACCAAUCGGUAGCCUCCGACGGCGUAAGACCCCCACAGCCGGUCAGCGACCUACAGACCUCUACAAGCCUGGUGCAGGCAGCACAUUGAAGCGCCAUUCCAUCGCCAGUGGGUCGAUAGAUUUUGAUUCCGAGGAAGCAGCACAGCUCAGACAAGCAGCUGGCAGUCCACCCGAUGGCAGGACGCGGAGCUUGAGUGCGACGAUCAGCGAAGCUUUUGGGAAUGGAUCUAGCUCGAGUAAAAGGCAUAGACCCCUGGGCGUGCAAGAACAACGGCGGCAGAGGAGUCAUGAGAGUGCUGUUGAGGAAGUGUCGGCGAGUCAGGAACUUGAUCACGGGAAACCUCGAUGA